AUGUCGGACAGUGGCAAGGUGGACGACCUGUUCGGAGACUCGGAUAAUGAGGCGCCUGGGCCUGCUGCGCCAGCUUCAGCCUCGCCCAGAGCUGGGUCUUCGAAGGGGUCGCCUAGGUCUGCUGCUGGGGAUGAAGCAGCGCCAGGAUCGCCAGCAGGGGAUGUAGAUGAUCUCUUCGCAGAUGACGAUGAUAUCCCCCCACCUCCCAUUCGGACACGCACCGCGACACGCUCCACGUCCAGAUCGAGGUCGAGAUCAGGGUCAAGAUCAAGAUCGCGCUCGGGGACAGCAGGGCGGAAGAAUGAGCUGGAAUAUGCAGAGGAAGAAGGGGAUGCGGAGGAGGUUCAGGAGCAGUGGGCGAAUAGUAUUGUGCCGACGUGGAAUAGGCUCGGAGGGGAGGAUGGGAAGAUAUGGCACCUCAAACUCCCCGCCUACGUCAAUAUCGACGCCAAGCCAUUCGACCCGUCCCUCUUUCGCGCUCAGAUGGACCCGGGGGAGCUCCAGACGCCUUUGACGGGGCUGGCAGCCAAGAGCCGGAUGAUCGGGGUCAAGAAUACAAUACGGUGGAGAUGGGUCCAGGACGCGGAUGGGAACUAUAAGAAACAAAGUAACGCCCGAGUCCUCCGGUGGUCUGACGGAACCACGUCCCUCCAGCUCGGAUCGGACUUGUUUGAUAUUUCCAACUCGACCGGACAACCCAUUUUCCCAUCUUCCUCCUCCGCCGACGCGAACGGCACGCAACACCCCUCGGACUCGCAACCCAAAUCCCAAUCCCAAUCACAAUCACAAUCCCAAUCGCAAAUCCCCUCCCAAAGCCAAACCCAAAGCCGGUCGGCCCCGAAAAAACAAGACGACACCACAGCGACCACCUACAUCUGCGCGGCCCUCCCCUCCGCCGGCGUCCUCAUGGCCGAAGCGCCCCUCGCGGGGCACCUAUCCCUCGUCCCCACCUCGAUGAACUCCAAGACGCACAUGGAGCUGGUCCGGCACGUGGGCCAGCAACAUACCAAGCACUCUAAAUUGCAAUUCAUCGACGAGGUUGUGGGUGAUCCAGAGACGGAGGCGGCUGCGAAGGCGUCCAAGGCGGCUGGGAAGAAGAAGGGCGGGGGUGGGGGAGGAAAGAGGAGGAUGCCCGCUGGCGGCGGAGGUGGAGGUGGAGGUGGGAGAGGAAAGAAGAGGGGAGGAAGAGCACGGAGCGAUGAUGAGUCUGACGAUGACCUUUCGAGGGAGAGACCAAGAGGCGUGGAUAGGGGGGAUUAUGAGGAAGAUGGGUUUGUGGUGGACGAUGAUGAUGAUGAUGAGUCGGAUAGUGGGGGAGGGGGAGGGGGAGGGGGAGGGAAGCGAAGGGGAAGUUCGGAUGAGGAGGCCGAGUACAGGUCUAAGGGCAAGAAGAGCGGUGGGGGUGGGGGUGGGGAGAAGAGGCGGAGUGGGCGGAAGCGGAAAGAUGAGUCUGAAGAGCUGGACGAGAUUGAAUUGGCAGAGAGGGAUAUAGAGGAGAAGGAGAGGGAGAGGAAGCGGGCCAGGAAAGACAAGGGGGGGAAGAAGGAGAAGACGAAAAAGAAGACGAGUACAACGAGGGAUUAUGGGGAUUCGUCAGAGGAGGAGAGCAACACCAAAGGGGCUGGGAAGGGGAAAGCAAAGGAACGGGAACGGGAGAAGGUACCGGAGAAGGUACCGGACGAGGAGGAUGCGGACGGGUCGGAAGAUAUGGAUGUGGAGAGUGAGGAAGAGUAG